CGCAAAUAUCCCUAGAAGAAUCAUGGGGCUGUGGCGUUCCUCCUUGUUCUUCCUAGCCUGGAUCUUGGCGACCCCUGCCCACUCGAGGAGGCAGAGGGUCAGCGAGCUGGGCCCGGAUCAGGGAGAACCGCAGGAGGAAGCCUGCUCCCUCGGGAUUGGUGGGGGCUGGCUAGCCAGCGAUGACUGCACCUUGCCGCUGCUGCUGGUCCUCUCAGGCGCUCUCGCCCUAAUUUAUGUCUUCCUCUUCAAAGGGCAACGGGUGAGUCUGGGAGGGCGUAAGGGCCGCCUGCCGGCUCAAGCAAGUCACCUCUUUGUGAUGGCAAGCCUUGCUGGAUCAGGCCAAAGGGGCCCCAGCAUCUAGUCCAUCACCUUGGUCUCGCAGUGGCCAAAUGCCCCUAAGAAUCUAGGAAUUGAGAUAGACUGCCUUGGGACCUGGAGGUUCUGUAAAAGUCUGGCUGAUGGAUCAGUGCAGUAGCCCAUUCGGAACCAUUGCUGCCUCCAGCCGUGGAGGCCGAGCCACUGUGGCUAGGAGCCGUUCACAAUCUCCACCUCCUCCUCCAGGAAUUCCUCUAUUCUGCUUUUAAAGCCAUCCAAGUGGGAGUGAGUUCCACAGUUUAAGCCUGUGCUGCGUGAAUGACUUUCUAUCUGCCCAGAAUCUCCCAAUCAAGUUUUUGAAAUUCCUCAGGUACCAGAUGGAUUUUGCUACUUGGUGUGAGUCCAGUUGCGUCUACGUGGAGAUUUCUGGGCACCAGGUUGGUGACCACAAUUUAAAAGCCUCUGCCUUAGUCCAUAGUUAAUAGCAUUCACAUUUCCAUUAUGUGUGUUUCUCCCUCUUGCAUCCUGGGACAAGUGAAUUGUUGUAAGAGCGAGCUACAGUCAAGCAAUGCAGCUGAGAUCAUAGAAUCGUAGAAAUUUAGCGCUGGAAGGGACCCCGAGGGUCAUCUAGUCCAACCCCCCGGUGAACAGACAUUCCUUUGUGGUGACCGUAACCUAGAUUCAAGGUGCCAUCUGGUCCCUAGCUUGUACAUCUGAAUUACUAACACUGCUUCCAAUGCUCAGCUUCAUUGGAUGUCCACAUGUUCCUGAUUUAUGAGAGAAAAAACUUUUCCCUAUCUUCUUUCCAGUGUGGUGUAGUGGUUAAGAGCGGUAGCCUCGUAAUCUGGGGAACCGGGUUCGCGUCUUCUCCUCCACAUGCAGCUGCUGCGUAACCUUGGGCCAGUCACACUUCUCUGAAGUCUCUCAGCCCCACUCACCUCUCAGAGUGUUUGUUGUGGGGGAGGAAGGGAAAGGAGAUUGCUAGCUGCUUUGAGACUCCUGAAGGGGAGUGAAAGGCGGGAUAUCAAAUCCAAACUCCUCUUCUUCUUCUUCUUUCUCCGCCUCUACCCAUUUCCCCGCUUUACUCUCCUUUUCUCUAAACUGAAAAGCCCCAAACACUGUAACUUUCCCUCUAAGCGAGUCGCUUCAUCCCCUCGAUCAUUUUGGUUGCCCUUUUCUGAACCCUUUUCCAACUUGACAGCAUCCUUUUUGAGGCAAGGCAACCAGAACUCUACAGAGUAUUCCAAAUGCGGUCACAUCAUAGGCUUGUAUAACGGCGUUAUGAAAUCGGCAGUUUUGUUUUCGGUUUCUUCCCUAACCAUCCCUGACAUGAAAUUUGCCUUUUCCACGGCUGCCGCACACCAGGUUGACGACACCUUUGCUGAGCUCUCCGCCUGUGACCCCACGAUUUCAUUCCUGGUCCACACCUCUUCUCGCAGCCAACAUGGCGGCAAUCUCGAUUUCCUGUUCUUGUUGAGACAUGCCUUCGCUUAUCUCCGAAAGGGAAGUUGCAGCAGCGUUGGCUCUCCAUGGGAAGGCUCAGCGGCCCGCCAUGUGUUUGUUUAGCUCUGCUCAGAAAACUAUUUAUGCUACUGACCAUCGCAGCCAUGAAUCCCCAGGAAUAAUUGCACGUUGUCUGGGGAAGUACUUAUCUUUUUGUUUUGCCUUUCAACCAUCUGCCUGUCAAUUUUGUGUGUGGCUAGACGCAGAGGCAGGGCGAAUGAUAUAUCUCCCUUGUUUUUGUUCUAAAUGUCUACUCCAUGCCCUCGCAGGCUGUGCCGGAACCAAGUUUUAACCACCUGUGGAGGAAACAGACAGAGAAAAGUCUUUCUCCUCCUCUCCUAACACCAGAACUCGUGGCCAUCCCAUGGAGCUGAACGCUGCAGAUCCAGGAGAGAUAAAAGAAAAUCUGUCUUCACAAAACACAGAGUUGAAGUGUGGAACUCACUCCCGCAGGGGGACAAUAAUGGCCAGCAAUUUGGAUGCCUUUAAAAGAGGUCUGCACAAAUUAUAGGAGGAGGAGGAGAGAGCUAUUAGCCACAACAGCUACUAUUGCUUGAUCCAUUGGGCUCUUCUCAUGUUAUUAAGGAAGAUUAUUCUUAUCUAUUCCUUUAUUCAGUUGGGAUCAGGGAGGGUGAAAGGCACUUCCCCCCAAAUCGGCUCACGCCCUCCUCUCUGCCUUCAGGAUGUUCCGGGACUUCUAGUAAGGCAGAAGACAGGAAGGGAGAGCAAAUCACCUGUUUACUGGGAGAGGGGAAAUUUGCGCAAUCAGGGGGUGCAACUGCUGUGCCACUGAAUAGCUGUGAUUUCUGCAUUGCGGAAGGUGGACUCAAAUAACCCUUCAAGUUCUGCAAUUCUAAGGAGAUGUUCUUCCCUGGAGGUUGCCCCGACCCCCACCCCGGAAAUCCUUUCCCUGCUGUGAGGUCUGUCUAGGGCUGCUCAGGGGCAUACAAGGCACUGUAUCUAUGCUCAGGGGGGAAACAAAAAUCCCUUUUUUAAUCUCGCAUGUUCCAGGACUGGGCUGCCGCCCUGAAAAACAGGUUCUAUUCCCUGGCUCGAUUUCUACCUUGCUGUUUGAAAGAUGGAAGCCUCCCACACUUCUUCAGAGGCGUGUCAAAGGUAAAGGUAAAGGGACCCUUGACCGUUAGGUCCAGUCGUGACUGACUCUGGGGUUGCGGCGCUCAUCUCGCUUUAUUGGCCAAGGGAGCCGGCACACAGCUUCCGGGUCAUGUGGCCAGCAGGAGUAAGCCACUUCUGGCAAACCAGAGCAGCGCACGGAAACGCCGUUUACCUUCCCGCUGGAGCGGUACCUAUUUAUCUACUUGCACUUUGACGUGCUUUCGAACUGCUAGGUUGGCAGGAGCAGGGACUGAGCAACGGGAGCUCACCCCGUCGCCGGGAUUCGAACUGCCAACCUUCUGAUUGGCAAGUCCUAGGCUCUGUGGUUUAACCCACAGCGCCACCCGCAUCCCAUGUCAAAGGUACCGUCCCCUUUAUGACCCAUUUCCUGUGUUCCAAGGCUGAGCCCUUGUGCUUCUCUAGGGAUAAACCUGGGAACAGAGCUGCCUUCUUGGUCCAUACUGGUGCCAGUAUUACCCACACUGGCUGGCAGCUUGGCAUGCCAGGGUUUAAGGCCGGAGCGCCUUUCCCAGCUUUACCUAGUGACGCUGCUGGGGAUUGAACCCAGGUCCUUCUGCAUGCCAAGCAGAUGCUCUCUCGUUGCGCUGCAGACCUUUCCCAAUCAGACCCAUUGGUCCAUCCGGCUCGGUAGUGCCCACACUGACAGGCAGCAGGGGCUCUCCAGGGUUUCAGAAAGGGAGCCUUUUGCAGCCCUGCCUGGAGGUGCUGCUGGGGAUUGAACCCAGGUCCUUCUGCACGCCAAGCAGGUGCUCUCGUCGGUCCACCCGGCUUGGUAGUGCCCACACUGACUGGCAGCAGGGGCUCUCCAGGGUUUCAGAAAGGGAGUCUUUUGCGGCCCUGCCUGGAGGUGCUGCUGGGGAUUGAACCCAGGUCCUUCUGCACGCCAAGCAGGUGCUCUCUCGUCGAGCUGCAGGCCUUUCCCAAUCAAACCCAUUGGUCCAUCCAGCUUGGUGGUGCCCACACUGACUGGCAGCAGCGGCUCGCCAGGGUUUCAGAAAGGGAGUCUUUUGCAGCCCUGCCUGGAGGUGCUGCUGGGGAAUGGACCGGGGGCCUUCUGCAUGCCAGGCAGGUGACCUGUCCACUCAGCCACAAUGGCCCCCCUUCCCCACGCAGGGUGCAGAAGCCGCCGCGGACCAAGACGCCCGGCUGGAUGAAUCCCUGCUGCGCGAGGUCUCCAGCAUCCUCCAAGUUAUCCGGCACCGGCUGUGGGAGGUUGUGCAGGACAGAAGGAAACAGCGCAGCCCCAAACGGAGAGCAUCCGAGCGCUAGACCAGAGCAGAAGCACUAUUGCCACGUGGGGCGAGGAGGGUCUCUUCUGGUUGUGCAGCCGGGGAAUAAACGGGAACCGGAGAAAAACGGCUUCCCUCUUGUGUUGCC